UGGCUCAGCGUUUGGAAAUAUGGCAAGUCAAAGCUGGAUGGAUGUCCUAAAAUCAGCUAAGAAAACGGCUCUAAUACACGAUGGAAAGAGGAAGAUCCACUACCUGUUUACAGAUGGAAAAGAAAUGGUCGAGGAGUACGACUUGAAGACAGAUGAGCUCAUCGUAAGAAAGUGGCGCCAUAAAAGCACGCUCGGAGUCCAGGGCCAGUGGCAGGUGGAGGUCGGGGAGCCACUGACAAGUUCGGCCUCAACUUCAGCCUCUGAUGUGAUCAAAGAGAACUGCUCCAAUCCUAUUUUCAUGCGCAAAGACACAAAAAACAGUUUCCAGUGGAGAAUCCGCAACCUUUUCUACCCCGAAGAUGUUUUCAGUGUUUUUGUCGAGCCGUCUGAGAGGUGCAUCAUUAUAAAAACCUCAAACAAAAAGUAUUAUAAGAAGUUCAGUGUUGCUGAUCUGGACCGGAGUCAGCUGCCUCUGGACGGCUCCGCUCUCAGCUUCGCUCACGCCAACAACACUUUGAUAGUCACUUACAAGAAACCCAAAGAGAUCUUGAGCCUGGAGCAAGAGCUGCUGAAGGAGCUGAAGAAGCUGAAGGCGACGGCUGAGGGGGACGUGGACUGUAAAACCCAGUGAAUUCUGACCGAGCGGGGGUAUAAAUCCAGGUUGCAUUUAGGGCAAAGGGCGUGAAUCUCCAGGCACAAACGAGCUCUGGUCUCUUUGUCAUGCUGCGCUCGUCAGAUCCGAUUCUCAGUGCCUUUGUCUGAAGUUUCUGUUGAGAAAUGUGGGUCAGUUAUAAUUAAUCAGUCGCAUUUACCGAGUUACGUUUGGUAUGAGCGGUUAAACACAUCCCUUACUUUUCACAACAAGACUUUUUGAGUUUUCUGUUUUUCAUUUUGACCAAAAAAUAAAAUGAUUUUAUUGAGCAUCGGUUAACAAACCCAGUGUGGAGUCGUUCUGCCAGGGGUCACAUAACGCACCAGCCCUUCCUUUCACUGAUGUUCUUGUAAAACACUCAAAACACACAAUGCUCCAUCCCUGUUGGUUCCGAGGUCACAGUUACGAGGACAUCCCAUUUGUGUUAAAUGAAUACCCUCAUGCUCCGUGCAUGUUGUGGGCCACCCUGAAAGCCAUUAGUGAAACUAGUGUUACCGUUUCCCAUUACAGCAGAGGGUCACUCUGACUUUGUGUUGUUUGGCGAAAGCACCUCGGACACAAAUAGAUCCAGAGUUUGUUUGUUUUUUUGUUUGUUUUUUUUCCGUCUUGCUCUGAUAUUGUCAUCUAACAGGAGCCUGAUGACGUCCACGUUUUACAUGCAUGGAAAUGUUUGUGUACACACUGAGAUUUACAAGAGUAAAAUAAUUAAAGUGGGAUUUUCUUUUUCUUUCCCCCCAAAAUAAGUUCAAAUAAACAUUGACCAGUCAGAAAAUACUGAGACAAAGCCGUUUGAAUGAGACUUUUAAAUAUAGGUUAUUUCGAUGCUGUGAUUCCUUGAAUUUUUUUUUUCUUUACUGCCGAGCAAGUGCAAAAAGCAGAGACAAAACCACAGGUCUCUCUCACUAUUGUGCUUUGUCUCCUUCCAGAUGGAAAGAGCAGGGAUCGGGGGAAACACUGGAAACCCAGUCUGUUCUGUUGUUCCGUUACUACUUGUGAGU